AUGGUUCGUGCAUCAGUUAAACAGUUACUGCAGUCAAAUCCGGAUCAGAUUUUGAUUAUGGACGGUGGCCAAGGAACUGAAUUGGAGAAUAGAGGCAUUAACGUGGCAAAUCCUGUGUGGUCUACAAUUCCAUUUAUUAACGAUUCGUUCUGGUCUGACAGGUCUUCAAGAGAUAGGCAGAUUGUAGCUGGUAUGUUUGAAGAGUACAUUGCUGCUGGUGCAAACCUUCUAAUGACAAUCACCUACCAAAGUUCUUUCAAAUCCGUCAGUGAAAACACGGAUAUAAAAACAUUAGAAGAAUACAAUCAGCUGUUGGAUCGCAUUGUUGCUUUCAGCCGUACCUGCAUUGGAGCAGAUAAUUACUUAGUCGGCUGUAUUGGUUCCUGGGGUGCACAUAUAUGUGCAGAAUUCUCUGGUGACUAUGGCGAACAUCCAGAGCGUAUUCCUUACUUGGAUUACUUCAGACCUCAGCUGAAUAAUUUCAAUCUCCAAGAAGACAUCGAUGUCAUUGGGUUCGAGACAAUCCCAAAUAUUCAUGAGCUUACGGCCAUUCUAUCUUGGGAUGAAUCUAUAAUUAAGAAACCUUUUUAUAUUGGCAUGUCUGUCCAUGAACAUGGAACCCUUCGCGAUGGUACCACUAUGUCACAGGUAGCACAGCUGUUCCGCUCUCUUGGAAAGAAGUUGAAUCCAAAUUUCUUAGCUUUGGGUAUUAAUUGCUGCAGCUUCCGCUACUCCCAUAUGAUACUAGAAUCCCUGCACGAAGAAUUACCAUACAUCCCACUAAUUGCAUACCCAAAUAGUGGAGAACUCUACGACACAGUGAAAAAGAUUUGGCUGAAAAAUGAAAAUUGCAUUGUUACUUGGGACGAAAUUGUAAAAUCAUAUCUUCAGAGUGGUGCAAGAAUCAUCGGAGGCUGCUGCAGGACCACACCGAAUGAUAUAAGGCAAAUUGUCACCGCAGUGAAGAAAUACAAGCCUUGA